AGAUUCAGCUCUGGGUGGGGAAGGGAGGGCUCCACUGGCUGAGCAAGGGCCCAGCUGCUCUGGGGCACCUCCCGUCCCUCCCCCGGCCCUGCUCCAGGCCCCUGUCUCCGUCACUCACAGGGUGCCUGUCUCUGUCACUCCGUCACCGUCACUGGGGCCGCCUGGCUGGGCCGCCAUGGCCGCUGCGCCUGUCUGGACUCCUCUCCUUGUGGGUCUCCUGGCAGGGCUGGGGGGCACCGAGGCCCAGCAGACCACUCUGCACCCGGUCGUGGGCCGUAUCUUCGUGCACACGCUGGACCAUGGAACCUUCUUCAGCCUUCCUGAGCCUGGCGCCGACCCGCCCACUGUCUCUGUCACCUACCAUGCCCACCUCCAGGGUCACCCAGACCUGCCUCGGUGGCUUCGCUACACCCAGCGCAGCCCCCACCAGCCUGGUUUCCUCUACGGUAGUCCCACCCCAGAAGAUCGUGGACGCCAGGUCAUUGAGGUCGUAGCCUACAACCGGGACAGCUUCGACACCACCCAGCAGAGGCUGGUGCUGUUGAUUGGGGACCCAGAAGGCCCCCUGCUGCCGUACCAGGCUGAGUUCUUGGUGCGCAGCCAUGACGUGGAGGAGGUGCUGCCCUCGACACCUGCCAGCCGCUUCCUCACAGUCCUGGGGGGGCUCUGGGAGCCGGGAGAGCUCCAGCUGCUCAACAUCACCUCUGCCUUGGACCGUGGGGGUCGUGUUCCCCUUCCCAUCGAGGGACGCAAGGAAGGGGUAUACAUCAAGGUGGGCUCUGCCUCACCGUUUUCCACCUGCCUGAAGAUGGUGGCGUCUCCCGACAGCCAUGCUCGCUGUGCCCAGGGCCAGCCUCCGCUUCUGUCCUGCUACGACACCUUGGCCUCUCACUUCCGUGUUGACUGGUGCAAUGUGUCCCUGGUGGAUAAGUCGGUGCCAGAGCCUGCAGACAAGGUGCCCACCCCAGGAGAUGGGAUCCUGGAACGUGACCCCUUCUUCUGCCCACCCACGGAGGCCACAGCCAGGGACUUCCUGACCGACGCCCUGGUCACCCUCCUGGUGCCUCUGCUGGUGGCCCUGCUGCUCACCCUGCUGCUGGCCUAUGUCAUGUGCUGCCGCCGGGAGGGACGGCUGAAGCGAGACCUGGCCACCUCUGACAUCCAGAUGGUGCACCACUGCAGCAUCCUCGGGAACACGGAGGAGCUGCGGCAGAUGGCAGCCAGCCGAGAUGUGCCCAGGCCGCUCUCCACCCUGCCCAUGUUCAACGUGCGCACGGGUGAGCGGCUGCCUCCCCGCGUGGACAGUGCCCAGGUGCCCCUCAUCCUGGACCAGCACUGAGGGCCUGCCAGCCUCCCCCAGCCCUCACAGCCCGUUUACUCACUUCCUCCUGGGAGCCCUCCGAGGUAGCCGAGGUAGCCGAGGGCUGCUGGCCCGCCCUCUGGACUCAGCGUGUGGCCGUUUCCUCAAAUUCUCUGGCGCCGGUCUUCAUCCUCACAGAACCUCACAACGAGGGAUUACUGGAUCAUUUACAGACAAGGAAACUGAGGCCCAGGGAGAGAGAGUGACUUACCCAAGGUCACAGAGCAAGCAAGCGUCAGAGCUUGGAUUCACACCGGGCGCGUCUGCCUGUCCCUGGAGGGAGGGCUGAGAGGUGCUGGGAGUGGGGGAUCCAGGCUCUCUCCGGCCCAGAUCCCAAGAGGGAGGGCCCCUUGGUAAGUCAUGUCGGGAAAGAACCCGAUGUAGCCAUGGAAAGAGAUGUCGGGACGCAGGACCCUGGCUGCCCAGACUCAACGCCCCCUGCCUGGGGGGCUCCUCCAGGGGCUUCUUGGUGUGGUCCCCAAGGGCACCCUGGAGAGCUCAGUGGGCCAGGAGGGAACCCCAGCCUGUUUUCCCCAGGUGGUGACGACCAGAGCAGGCUGCCGUCCGGGCCACCAGCCUCCAAUGUGGCUGCCCCCUUGGGAGGACACACCCGAGAGGGCUCAGAGAAAGGAUGCAGCCCGGGUGCUGGCUCCAGGCGGCAGCUGCAAGAGAAUCCAAAGGAGGAGGGCAGGACGUCAGCCCGGUGCCCCUGUGCCUCCAGAUCCCCUUUUUAGUUCUGUGCACGGCUCGGGUGGACCUCGGGGACCCACCACUGCUCUGGAACUGACUCUCAGCCGUUCUUCUCCACCCCCUCUCAGCCCACCCUCCACCCCUCCACCCUCUCCAACCUUUCCCCUCUCCCCAGGGGUGGUGAGCAGGGCCAUGGAGAUGCACUGGGAGUUCCCCCUCACCCGAGACGGGGCCCAGGCUUGGGCUGGCGGGCUGGGUGGACCGGACCAUGUCUGCAAUCUAACGGAGGUGGCCCCCGGCCAAGGAUUCCUGAGGAGGGUUGCUUCUCUGAAUACUGUGUCCCAGUGUUCAGAAAUGGAUAGACAGAGGGGUCACAAGGGCCCCCAAAUUGUCCUUGUACCCCCUUCUUUCUCUCCCCAGAAUCCCUAUCUUCAGAAUCCAUCCCGAAUCCAUCCCCCGCUAGGCCUCCACUCUAACCUUCCCAGUCCCCCACCAGGGUCUCACUCCUGGACCCCACACUACAGCCCCCCCUGGUCCUCCCCACUUCCUCCCUGCCCACCAGUCUCCUCUCCAACAGCAGCUGGGCCCAUCCUUUAAAAGGGAAAAUCAGGGGUCUUAUCCUGUGCUCUCAACUCCCAGUGGGUGCACAGGCCUGUCCACCUCCCUGACCUCGGCACCUCACUGUCCCUCCACUCUCCGGCUGCAGCCACACUGCCCUGCCUGCUGGCAUACUUGUUUCAGGCCUUGGCCUCUGCUCUGCCCCCUGGCAGGACCCCAGGUCCCCUGCAGCCCACGCAAUGAAUGGCCUCCUCCUUGCAAAUUCAGAUCCUCAGAGAGGCCGUGCCCCCCCUCGGAGAGCCCCAGCUGGCCCGGCCUCGGGGCACCAAGCACUCCCCACUCUCUGAGAAAGUCUGUUCUGUUUGCUGCCUUGUGGGGGUCUUAAACUCUGGGAGGGCAGGAUUCUGCGUGCCCCCAGGGGGUGCAGUGCCCACACACAGCAGGCACUCUGGAAAGAUGUUCUGAAGGAAGGAGGUCUGGUUGCUCAGAGCUCGGUUGCCCCUCACUGGGCAAAGAGGGUGAGCAAAGCCAUUGCUAACGCUUCUAUCACGACGUUCUGCGUGACACCCCCAGCCCCGCCCCCGGGGGCACCCCAUACCCAGUAGUUAAUCCCAUAAGCAUCUGUGGAGGCUGGCAGCGGCUCAGCGUGUGGGCACUGAGAGGGCUCCACAGACGUUUGUUGCAGACACGGGUCUCUGGGUGUCCGCCCCCAAGCACACGGGUUCUCUGGCAAGCAGGUGCCUCUGACUUCUCAUCUGCAAUUUCCUCCUUUCUCUGGGGGCCCCUCCUCUGGCCGAAAACUAGGAGCUGCACAGAGCCUGCUCAGUGUGGACUCUCCAGCAGCUGGCCUGCAGUCUGGGGCAGCUCCUCCCUGAAUUCUACCCCCUUGGGGAGGGGGCAGCCCUCUGUGCUCCCACCUCGGAUCUCUGCCUCCUUCCUGUGCCAGCCAGGACUGGAAGAGUCCAAGGCCAGCCCCUCGCUCGCUUCCCUCUGCUUCCCUGCUCUGCCUUGGGGUCUUGGCAGCACCUUGCCCUGCCCUCUUCCCUCGCAGCUCCACACAGCAAACAGGAGUCUGGCUGCCGGUCUGGGAGGAAGUGGCCCAGACAAGUAGCGGGGAGGAUGGUGCGACUGCAGAGGACACAAGCCGUGCCGGUCAUACAUGCACACAUGCACGCACGCAUGCCCAGCCACCCCUGGCAGCACGGGGUGGGCCAUGGGCACACUCAGCACCCUCUACACACUGACGGGUAAGAUUCCACUGGCAGCCACACCCUGCCCCCUGCCACGGCCAAGGACAAAAAAGCCACAGUGUCCCCCCCACCUCCGCCCUGAGAUUCAGUCUCCCCCACGACGCUUGACCUUACACCUUGCUCCACCCUCAGUCCCUGCGAUCCUUCAGCAGGCACUGCCCACGUGGCCUGGUGAGCAGCCUCCACCUUCACCCUAAAUGGCUCCCACGCACAGCCUGACUCUCGAUGUCCUCUCACCACCUCUCAGUCAGCAAGGAGGGUCCCUGCCAGCCGUGGGGACACGGGGCACCGCCUGCGUCCGGUCCCAGCCCUCACCUGCACACUUCUCCUUUAUUCUUGAAGCACACACACACUGCACUUCCCAGAGAGUGCCCUUGCUGUAGCUGUUGGGGGCAGGGGCCCGACUGAGCAGGGCUCAAACCCCAGCCUGGCAGCUACUCACAGACAUGCAUCGGAACUGCCUCGGGCCCGCCUCGGGCCCUUGUGAGAAUCUGUGAGGGCCCAGGGAGUGUCUGGCAUCGGGCGGCUCCCAAGCAUGGAAACAUUAUUACGUACAAGUACUCACACAAUCACCCCAAAACCCGGGGCCUGUGGGACCUCCCUGCCCCCUGAGAUCCAGGUUAAGUGGGUUCACUUUCCAUUCUGUGCCCUGUGAAGAGUUUGAGCUCUCCCUGUGAGCCUAGGGCGGAGCUGAAACUUGCAGGCUCCUGGGCACAGAUCUGCUGCCCAGCGCUGUGCUGUCCGCUGCGGCGGCUGCUGGCCGCCUCUGGCCACGCAGCACUGUGGACGUGGCCGGUCUGAACCGAGAAAGGCUGCCAGGGCAGUGAGAACGAUAAUCUUGGGGGAUAGAUCGGAUUAAAUAAAAUAAA